AUUUUGGUACUUUAAAGUUUAACCCCUUACCUUACCUCAACACGGUUUCUUUUCCGAACCGACGACUUGGAAGAUUAAAUAGAGAAGAAGGGUGUGAAGGGCAUUGAAUAAAAUAAUAGCAACAAGGCACGGGAUGGAUUGUGUGAAGAUGUUGAAGAACAAAGGAUACGGCAAAGUAGAAGAAGAGAAUCAGAGUCACUACGUCGAAGAUCAGCACAAACAUUAUUCCAAAUCCCUAAUCGCUACUCUCUCCACCGUCGCACUCUUCUUUCUCACUCUCCUCUUCGUUCUCGCCUUAGUCCGCCAUGAGCCCGCCGACUCAGCCACCGAGUCCAUCCGAGUCGCCUGCAACGUAACUCGUUAUCCCAACUCCUGCUUCACCAGCUUAACCUCCUUCCUCAGCAACACCACUACCACGAAAGCCAUGGAUCCACAAGCUAUCUUGUCCCUUUCACUCCGAGUCUCCAUCCACGAACUCUCUAAUCUCGCCUCCUCCUCCUCCCUCUCCGUUGACUGCAGGGAGCUCGUGGAUGACGCCGUCUCCCGCCUCAACGACUCCCUCUCGAAGGUGGAAGCGGCACCAAAGGGGCUGACGGAGGCGGAGAUGGCGGACGCGCGCACGUGGGUGAGCGCCGCCUUGACAGACCAGCAGACGUGCCUGGAUGGACUGGAGGAGAUUGGGUCCUCCAACGCUUCGGAGGUGAAGACCAAGAUUGAGAGGUGCGGUGAGUACACCAGCAAUACCUUGGCCAUUCUUGCCAAUUUUAAAAUAUCUUAGCUUGAGCUUGAUGCUGAUUUUAUUCAUAUAGUUAUGUGUGCAAUGUUAAACCAGUAAAUGACAGAUAUGAUUAAUAAUCACUGAUCCGGUGAACCUAAAGAAGGGUGGAAACUCUUGUGUUUAUAGCUGAGAAUUAUUAGAUGAUUUGACAAAAUAAAAAAAACAUGAAUUAAAGUAUGUUGCGGAUGGGUUAGGAAUUUUGAGCAAUGAAUGCUGCUGUCUUGUGCCUAAAUGUGUAACUGUAUUAAAAGUUGAGUAUAUUAUGAUCGCUGUGACAAUUACAAAUGGUUGUGGAUCUAAGUUAUUAUUAUGUUAUGUUUGUAUAUUCAGACUUCGGACCUUCGUAUAUAUGUUUUGCAAUAUGCCAAAUAUAGUAUCCUAAACCCCCAAAUGGCCAAAUCCAAUAUUUGAGCAUUGGAUCAACUUUCUCGGGUAGUGAUUAAUGUUGUCUUGUAAUAGUUACCCAGAAUCAGAGGUGGAAUAUAUAUCUAAUAUCUUUGCAGUUGCAGCUAAA